AUGCGUUUUCUUGUUCUUUCAAUCGUCCAGCUUAUCAGCGUCUGCGUCGCCGACGUUCCUUCCUGGGACUCUUGGCCUCAUCAACGCAUCAGAGUAAAUAAAGACGUUAGCAUUCACCUGCGCUAUUACGGCACUGGACCCCCCGUCCUCCUAAUCCAUGGAAACCCUCAACAUAGUCUCUCCUACUCUACCAUCGCCCCCAUUCUUGCACAGAAUUACACCGUAAUUACCACCGACAAUCGUGGCGCCGGCGACUCUUCAAUUCCAGCGGACGACGACUAUACUGCCUCCACCCAUGCAGAUGACUUCAAAGCGAUACUGGACUUCUUGCACAUCAACGAAACCUACGUUUUCUCGCACGAUAAGGGCUCUGGAAUUGCAGCGGCGCUAGCGGCAAAGUAUCCAUCCUACGUGAAGAGAAUUGGAUUCUCCGAGUAUGCCUUUCCUGGCUUCGGAUAUGAGAAUUUCUGGACCCCCAGCUCCGGCGGUGGCACUGGCUGGGACUUGUACAAGAAUUGGCAGCUCGGCUUUUUUAGUGUCCCGGACGCAGCACAAUAUUUUAUCCAAGGCCGCGAGAAGGAGAUGCUGGCUUGGUACUUCUGGCACAGCUCGUAUUCCGGCAACGAAGCCAUUAGUGAGGACCACUUGACUCGCUACGCAACAUCAAUAUCGAAACCGGGAUUUCUGCGGAGCAUGCUGAACAUAUUUUCGGUUUCGACCGUGACCGAAGACGCUUCGUUCUUCAACGCAUCAUUUAGUGGCAAUCCGUUGCCAAUGCCGGUGUUGGCUCUUGGAGGCGAGGCUAGCUUUGCGCCGGGGUCUGUGUUGCAACAAAUCUUUGGGCCGGUGAGCAGUGACCUUCAAGUUGAUGUGGUCCCAAAGGCUGGCCAUUGGGUGUUGGAUGAAAGUCCUGUAUGGGUUGCCGAUCGGCUGUUGAGGUUCUUUGGAGAGGAUCCCGAUGGUAUAUCGAGCGUGGAUUUGUCGUAUUUGACGAACCAGGUAACAUUGGUUUGA